AUGCAUAAAUCAAAGGAUUAUCAGUUACUGCAGUUCGGAUGGUUUUGUGUCAUGGAACGAAUCAGCAACGGUGGAAGUAUUAAAACGCGGAAUACAGAUUUUUCAUCGGAUUUCAAAAUGGAUAUCAGUGCACAGAGUCCAACGCAUUCUGCAUUACAUUUCAUAAAGACGUGCAAUUAUUUUCUACCGGAAAUAGAUCCUCAUUGUCUGAAACGACAACACAAUUCAGGCGUGCAAUCUCCACUAAUACCACCUCCACCGUUGAUGCUACAUCGUCAAUCACUCCUACCAAAUGUCCCAUAUCCCCAUUUGCUGCCGCUAAAGUGUCUCAAAAGGAAACAACGAUGCGAGAAAAAUCCUAUCCCCAAUGAGCAGAAGGAUGAAAAAUACUUCGAGAAAAGGAAACGCAACAACGAGGCGGCGAAAAAAUCUCGCGAUGCAAGAAAACUCCGAGAAGAUAGGAUAGCACUGAAAGCCGCACUUUUAGAACGGGAAAACUCCAUCCUGAGAUCUCAGGUGUUUGCCCUCCAAGAGGAAGUUUAUGCCUUAGCACAAGUACUCUGCUUGAAAAACGCCUCUCAAAAUUCUCAACAACAGUAGACAGUAGGGUUAAAUCAUAAGUAAAACAAAUUCUCUAGUCACAAUCAACGAGAUUCUCGUGCUGCAAUUCUUUAAACUGAUGAAUAAUG